GUCAAUGCCUCGCAAGUGGACUUUUGGACGGUCACGUGACAAGUGGCUUGCAAAAAAAAAAAAGUUGUUCUUUGCUCCCUGCUUGCUGCAUAAAGUGACAAAAUAUGAAGUGGUUGGACCUCUUCGGACAUCUAAAAUGUGUCGUAAUUGGAAUGAUCCACGUUCAAGCUUUGCCAGGCUCUCCACUCGGAUGCAUGGAAAUGUCCCGAAUCAUCGAAGAGGCCUGCAGGGAGGCGAGCGUAUACCGCGAUGCAGGCCUGGUAAGCAGGAGCACAUUGACCGAGCCAUGCGGGGCACCCCAAGAGUCCACUCAUAGUACACUUCUGGCAUUCAUACUUGCCACCAUUUACAGUGAUUGUCCGUCCAUCCCCAUCGGCGUCCAGAACCAGCAGGCGCUCGCUGUCACUCUCGCAUCAGGCGGCGACUUCAUCCGUGCGGAGGGCUUCGUGCUUUCCCACGUAGCCGACGAGGAUUUGGUCCACGCUUACGCCAGAGAACUUCUAAGGUACCGCAAGAGCGUCGGAGCGGAGGACGUCCUCGUUUUCACGGACAUCAAGAAGAAACACAGUUCUCACGCUCUGACGUCUGAUGUGAGCGCGGCGGAGACGGCUCGGGCCGCUGAGUUCUUCCUCUCGGACGGACUCAUCCUCACCGGAACGUCCACGGGAGCCCAGACAGGCCGAGCCCAGACAGGCUCGUUGGCCAGGCUCUCACCCGCCGUCAUUGUGCGCUGA